CCCGAUUGUGGAAGUUGACUGAUAGGGUAGAAGCUCCCGUCGGGUGUUCCACUUUCGUGCAUCCCGGAGGAGUUCCGUUACCAUAUUUCUCCAGCUCAUAAAAUUUCUGGACCGAAUGCCUGCUGCGCACUUCGACAUGGCGAUAUUAUCAAGCAGUCCCUCCCGCUGUGCAACAACGCCGUUCGACACUCUACCCGACGAGCUGCUUUCGGCGAUUUUCGCGAAAGUCGUCGCGACUUCCACGAGCCCCGCGUGCAUAUCGCUCCUUCGCUCGACCUCCCGACGCUUCUACCACCUCAUGGCGGAUCCAACGGUGCUGCGGUCCGUGGCUCCGCGCGCCUUGCUUCCGCACCCUGCCGCGUGGGCAUCCAAAACGCCAUCCACAUCAACCCCCCCCUCCUCCUCACCAUCGCCAUCGUCGCCAUCGCCAUCAAUGUCAACACCUGCCGGCCGCUCUGCCAGUCGCUUCAUGCUCUUGUGCGGACUGGCGGGGAACGUUGACGCUCUCUUUCUGCUCGGCAUGAUCAAGUUUUACUGUCUGGGCGACAUGCGCUCGGGCGGGUGCCUGCUCGUGCGUGCGGCGGAGGAGGGCCACGUGGGCGCGCUGCACGCGCUCGCCACCAUUAACGCGCACGGCAGCGGCGGGGCCGCGGCGGACGCCAACCCCGCAGUCGCCGCGGAGGUGCUGUGGCACGCGGCGGUUCGGGGGAGUCGGGCCGCGUUGCAAGAGCUGGGCCAUUCGUACCUGGACGGCUAUGGCGUCGGGAAGAACGCGGCCCUGGGAGUGAGGCUGCUGCUGCUCGCCACGUCAUCAUCAACAUCAUCACCAUCCCCACCAUCACCAUCCCCACCGCUCUCAUCACCGUCCGUUUCACCUCAACAGCACCACCACCAAGACAGUCCCCGGGUUGGCUACAGCUCGCGCAUGGCUUCCCCAGCCGGCGGGCCUGCUGGCAGCAGCCCUCCAGACUCACCUAGGGUACUGCUGGAAGAAACUCUGAGUAGCCUAAGUGGAAGUUUGCACGAGAUGGUGUGCGAGUAUGAUUAUGGAGCAGAGGGAAUCGCAGGUGGGAGUACGAGCGGUGCUCAUAGUGGUGCGAUGCAGGCGGUGCCAGCAGUUGAAGGAGCCCUGGGGGAGAUACGUGAUGAUGGCCAGUUGACUCAGGUCGCUACGUUCACCGAGCAACUUGGUAGCACCGCCUCUGGCGAAUCUGCUGCCGUUGGAGAUGGUAGUAGUGGCCCUGUAUUGACCGCGACGGCCGGGUGGGAAGACAGCGGCAUAGUUGGGCAAUCUGGUGAGGACGUGGGAAGUGACUGUGGGCGGAAGGAAGGGCAAGGGCAAGGGCAAGUGCCGGCAGGGGCCGGGGAGUGUGUGUCGAUGCCACUGCGGUGCGUGGCAGAGGGAGGAGGUAGAGCUAGCAGAGGAAGGGGCAGCAGCAGGGGCAGCAGCAGCGGCAGCAGCAGCAGUGGCGGCAGCAGGGGCAGCAGGAGGUCGUUGCUGCCUCGUGGGAGCAGCCUUGGUGGUUCUCAACUCCCAUCCUCUGCACUGCCACCGACAACCGUGGUACCGCCGGCACUGCAGAGCAACACAGCUGGCACAGCAGCAGUGGAACAUGUGCAUGCAGCAACCGUUCCGGGUCCCAACUGUGAAGCUGAGGCUUGUGCUGGGGCUUGCGCUGGGGCUUGCGCUGAGCAGGUCAGCUCUCUCCUUGUCUCUGUCAUCACCUGCCAAGCCGGCUGCCAUUUGACCGUCUCCGUCACACGGAACGUUUCCCUAGCGCCAGUGCAGGAAGUGGCCACUAUUAGCCUCUUCUCGCCCCAGGAGCAAGGCACGUUUCAGCAGGAGCAGCUGCCGCACCAGGUGAUCGUCCCGUUCAUGAGAGAGUGGGUGGCGCUGUUUGGACUUCCCGAUGGGCAGCAGCUGUGUGCCAACUCGGCGUGCAGCCGCCUGGAAACGAGGCCGCAUGAGUUUCGUUGUUGCGUGGUGUGUGAAAGGGCGCCUUACUGCAGCCGCACAUGCCAGGUGGCGGACUGGAAAACAAGGCACUUCCGGGAAUGCAUCGCCUUUCACACCACGUCCCCGUCUUUUAUGUAACUUAUGGCGGAUAGUCCAAGAAUAUGAGUUCCUUUGAGAGAAUGCAUGUCUGGUGUGCAUGUGGAAGGGGUGAGUCAGUUUAAGACAGUCAGGCCCUCAGAUAUGAGGAUUCUUUUCCUGAUAUUGCUUAUUUUCAGGGU